AUGCUCAACGUGUUCAGAAAGAGCUUGACGCGUUUCAGGCACUUACGUGAGCAAUUGCAGUUCACGCUUGUGCAGGACAUCCGACAUGCUCAGCACAUGCAACCUCACGACGCACGUCAUGUUGUGGCUGACGUCACAAACAUGAUGCGUGAUGCUCACGAACAGCCGGGUGAUUUAAACGGCCGGAUCCACCAGAUCCGAAAGAUGAUGCGGGGCGGCUUUGACUAUGUUGCGCGGGAGCUGUAUCACCAGCGCCAAGAGGUGCAGAUACUUACCGACCGGCAGGCCGUUCAGAACAGAAAACUCGAUCGAAUGGACAGAAAACUCGAUCAGAUACUGACACUCUUGCAAGAGCAGCAGACGGAUGACUAG